UUCCAGGCGUGCUCAUGGCCAUCUGAGGGAGCAGAAGAUUUUAUGGACACAAAGUCUCCAGCGCGAAGAAAGAAACGAGGCAAUUCUGGACUUAUCACUCGUUUGUUAGUCUGUUAGACAUUGAAAUUUUGUUGUGAGCAAAGCGAGCGCGGAUUCCAAACAGAUCAAAAUGAUGACCAAGCCAUUUGGGAAAAGUGGGGAUAUGAGUGAGCUGGUGAGCUCCCUCAGCUGGCUUGAGGACGAUGGCAGCUCACAGGAUGGAGAUGAAAGACCGGAGAUGAGGGGCCGCCAUGGCCUGACUGUAGGGGGUCGUAUCCACUUCUGCACAGAAGUGGGUAGUGAGGAUAUGGAGGAAGAGGAAGAGGAGGAAGAGGAUGAAGAGGCUGGACCAAAUGGAGAAAAUGCUCCCAAAAGGAGAGGCCCUAAAAAGAAGAAGAUGACCAAAGCUAGACAGGAGAGGUUUCGUGCACGGCGACUGAAGGCCAAUGCCAGAGAACGUUCUCGUAUGCAUGGGCUGAAUGAUGCUCUGGAUAAUCUGCGCAGAGUGAUGCCUUGCUACUCUAAGACACAAAAGCUGUCAAAGAUUGAGACUCUGCGGCUGGCUCGCAAUUACAUCUGGGCUUUGUCGGAGGUGCUUGAAAGUGGCCAGUCCCCAGAGAGUCAUGGAUUUGUGGAGAUGCUGUGUAAAGGUUUGUCCCAGCCUACCAGUAACCUUGUGGCUGGUUGCCUGCAGCUGGGACCCACUCCGAUGAUUCUUAACAAGCUGGAAGACAAGUGUGGAGGUCCAGGAAUGGGUAGUGUGGUGGCUGGCCAUCCCCUCAGCUACCCAUCCCCAGGCCUUCCUAGCCCACCCUAUGGCUCCCUGGAGGCAUCUCACCUCCUCCAAAUGAAGGGAUUCAAGGGGCCUGUAUAUGACAACCCCUCCCCUAACGAGUGCAGCAGUGGCACCCCACCGUACGAUGGGCCCCUCACCCCCCCCCUCAGCAUCAGUGGCAACUUUGCCCUGAAGCAGGAGCCAUCUCCACAUGAGUCAGAGAGGAACUACACACCCCACCAUGCUCACUACCUCUCAUCCCACCAUUACUCCACUUCCACGACUGGCAGCCUACCAGGGGGGCCUCAGGCCCACCCACUUUUACAGGCUUCUCGCUAUGAGCUGCCCCUGGAUGUGGCCUUUGACUCCUUCACUCCCUCUCACCUCAUCACUUCUCAGAUGGGUACCAUCUGAAAUGUGAUUGUACCAAUGAGUGAGUGACUGUAAUGAAUAGCCAGAGUAGAGGCACUGCUCCUGUAUAAACUGCUGUAAAAAAGGAUGACUGUGGUACAGACUGUAUAGAGAAAAAAGGUUUGCGUUUAUGUUGUCCAGUACUCUGGGAGAGCACUGAAUGCUCAAAGAGAAGACUCAUCACCUCAACUCAAUCUACCUGAUACAUACAUGUAUACAUUAUUUUAUUUUUUUUCAUUUUAAGGUAAUCUUUUUUUUUUUUUUUUUGAACAUGUUACUCCAUCAGUUGUUAAAGAGUGGAAGUAAAGAUUAGCUUACUAAAUCAGAUAUCCUUGCUGAAGCAUUUCUCAGAUGCUUCAAGAUGCUUAUGUUUGAACUAAAACUUUAAUAUCUACAUGUCUACAUAUACAAAGAAAUUGAUCGCAAAAAGUCACCCACUGUGCACUGAGGCCUACUGCCAAUUUCCUUCUGAAUUUAAGAAAAGCAAUGCAUUUAUUUAUAUCUGUAUUUAAUAUUUAUUUUGAUAAUGUCUUGUCUGUUUUAUAUUUUUCUCAGCACUGUUUCUAUUUCACUGUCUUGGUUUGAUGCCAGCCACUGGUAGCUGUACUGUAUUUAAUUUAUUUAUUUGAGCUCUUUCAGGUACUUGUUCAUUUGGUGUCACAAAUUAUGUCAUAUUGUACUGUUGAUAUUUUGCUGUUUCGCACUUAAAUAAAUAUUCUUAUA